UCCACCAUCUCUCUGGAAAAGCGGAUAUAGCCGGCGGCGUGUCAAAACCAUUCCGUUUGAGUCGUGACGCGAAUAGUACGGCGUGUUUCGCCAUAGCGUUCGGUUCGACGUUUUCUAUCUAUCUUUUUCUAUCUUUCUCUAUUUCUCUCUUUCUAUCUUUAUCUCUCUCGCUAUAUCUUAAUCACAUUCUCACUCUCGUUCUCGUUCUCGUUCUCGUUCAUUUUCUCCCUCGCACCGUCCAUCAUUUUGUCUCUAAUUGCAAGUAGUAUUCACGUUAAAUAUCGUUAUUAUUAUUAUUAUUAGUUUCAUCGUUUAUUCUCAUUAUCAUUUUCAAAUUACAAACGAGAAUUAUUUCAUCGUUCAUCCGCGUUCGAUAUUUUGUGAGAGAGAAAACUAACCAACCACCAACACAACUACCAACACCACUACCACCACUAUCAUCACCACCGAGUUGGUAUUAUUUCGCGCGUGUUUGUUAUUAUUUCUGUGGGUGUUGUUUGUUUCUUGUGUGUAAAAUACCUUGAAAUAAUAAUCAACGACGUACUUAUUGGCGGAUAUUAAUUGACGAGGAUUUACAGAUGAAACUUUGAGAUCUAUCAGAUAAUGUUUUUAAAAGUAUGUUCGAUCAUUGGUGAAAAGGAAAUUGUGCAUCAUCGAGGCUUUCUGUAUUAUACUCUUGCCGGAUUUCUUCUUUAGGAUUCAUCGUAAUAUCGGACGCAUUAUUAUGCUACAGAUUGGUGCGUUUACACGGAAGGUGUAUCCCAUGAAGUCGAAGGACGACGUAAAGAGAGUAGUAGUCGAGGGGUCGAGGUUCACGCUAAUCUACGGCAAAUGGUGAAUUUCAAAGUGAAACGAAAGGAGGGAAAAAAAGUGGAAGAAAAAAAAGAAGAAGAAGGUGGAGGAGAGGGUGGAGGAGUGGAAGGGGAAGGGGAAGAAGAAGAAGAAGAAGAAGAAAAAGAAAAAAAAGAAGAGGAAGGGGAGGAAAGAAAAUUCGACAAAAUGUAUAAAAUCUUGCGUCGAGGUUCGGGACGUGUUUUCGUCCUGUGCGUUGUCGUAUUAUCCCUUCUUCUAUGUCUUUAUUACGUAAAUCAAGCACAAGCACCGUCCACCGCCUCGUCGGCGGCUAUUUUAAACGACGAACUUCGUUACGAUAGAAGCGUUACACCGGUCACACCUGAUUACAGCGAACUACCAGAUUCUAGGAUAUCAUCGGCAACUUGUCCUGUCACCGAAUCGCGUCAGGCAGACAUCGAUGCUCAACGUGAAUUUGAGGAAUUCGAUUUUCAG